AUGUUUCUCAUAACACCUAUCGUCAAUACUCUUCAGAACAUUGUCGUAUUUACUUAUGAUUUCGGGUUAACGACAGCCAACCUCAUCAUUCCGAGCCGAAAGGUUGGACAUGUUACUCCGGAGGGGCAUCCAGGAGCAGGAGGUAAAUGGCCUGAGUACAUUGCUCCCAAGGAGGGUGAUAGUCGAUGCUCUUGCCCUGCCUUGAACGCAAUGGCCAACCAUGGCAUCCUUCCUCACGAUGGUAAAAAUAUCAAGUUCAGCGAAUUGGGACCGAAGAUCCGGACAACGUACAACUUCGCCUCGACAUUCUGUUUCUUCGUCCCUAAUUUUGCUGCGAAUAUGUUGAACAAAAGUUACAGCAAAGAUACUUUCGAUCUUUCAGAACUGGACCUCCAUAGCGAUAAAGGCAUUGAACAUGAUGCGUCGCUGACUCGGGAAGAUAGUGCACUUGUUCCUGAUCAAUCAAAGCCUCAUCUCCAAUACGUCAAAGAGCUCCUAGCACUCGCUACUAAGAAGGAUAAGGACGGAAAUCUCAUUCUUACUACUAAGGAGUUAUCUGAAUAUACGGCAAAACGACGCGUUGAUUCCAAAGAAUCUAACCCCCAAUAUACGUCCAGUUUCUUCCACAACAUGUUUGGCUGCGCAAACUCAUCCACAAUGCUCACCAUUUUUGGAGGCCGCGUCUCUGAUCUCGAAACCCUUCUAACUGAGGAACGUUUACCUGAUGGAUGGGAGUCGCGGGUCAGGAAGCGACUGGGCUUGACGUUCGCGUCAUUCAAUAGCACAGUCUUGAAGGUCGCCCUCGGAAUCAACGAGAAGAAGUAUAAAGAGUCAAUUGCUGCUAAGCCUGCUUCGGAAGAAACAUCGCCUGCAUGA